CUAGAAGCAGCUCGAUCGCGCGUCUACGGUGGGGGUAGAGGAUACGCUCAGCCAUGUGCUCGCGCGUCGACGCUCGAUCGGUGAUCAGUCGUAGCCGCGCGCUCUCUUCGAGCACGUCGUGUAUAUCCACAAACGCGUUCCCGUUCGUUUCACCGCGAUCCGCCGCAGUCCGUACACGUUCUCGAGAGACACAGAGCAUCGUCGUCGAGCGAUCUCCGCUCUAACAACAAUAACAACAACAACAACAACAACAACGACUUCUCGACUCUAAGCCAUCGACAUCGUUCCUACGAUGACGUCAGUGUGCGCCGAGUGCUCGCGCGUGUGAUCGUUCGAUUCGGAGCGGAAUUUGUGCGAGACCGAUCCGGGUGAUCGUCGUCGAGGAAACCGAGCGACGAGGCCGAUACAGAGCAAGAGAAUAUCCACGUGUGCCGGGGACGUAAGAUGCCCAGGUGAUUCGCCCCGAGACCACCACGUUCCUCGAGGCCCCGAUCGUUUCUCCUAGAUCGCGUUCGAUCGGCUCGCGCGAGGGGGCACAGGUCGAUCGAGAGCAGCUACCCUUUUCGGCUAGUGUCGCUCGAUCCAUCCCCAGGCUCGGUGGAACGCAUCCUGGCGCGUUGUUCUCGCCGUACAGUGGAAUCGUCGACGAUCGUGCCGCGAUCAUGCACCACACGGCACCCUGGUACCUACCCUGGGGCCUGAAGCUGGUGCCGUUGCCGAUCCCGCCUGGACACCCCGCUUCCGGCAUACCGAACCCCGGCCUGCACCUGCUGGCACCGUUGCCAGGCAUCUACGCCCCCGAACCGAGAAAGGUCGAUCUGAAACCGCUGCGCGAGGCGACCAUCGCCGUCCCGACGCCGAAGAUCUCGGAGAAGCGGAAAGCAGAGGAAGCCGACGCCAGCAAGGACUUGAAGAAGGCGAAAUUGGAAACGAAAGCCCUGAAAGCGAAAAGGCCAGGAUUCACGGACGAGCGGUACAACGAGACCAGCUAUUACGUGGAGAACGGUCUGAGGAAGGUGUACCCGUACUACUUCACGUUCACCACGUUCACGAAAGGAAGAUGGGUCGGCGAGAAGAUACUCGAGGUGUUCGCGAGGGAGUUCCGCGCGCAUCCCGCGGAGGAGUACGAGCGGUGCAUCCGGGCCGGGACCCUGACGGUCAACUAUCAGAAGGUGGACGUCGAUUACAGAUUGCGGCACAAUGAUCUGCUGGCGAACGUCGUGCACAGACACGAGGUGCCUGUCACCUCGGAGCCGAUCACGGUGAUACACAUGGACGAGGACGUCGUCGUGGUCAACAAGCCCGCCUCCAUCCCUGUGCACCCAUGCGGACGGUACCGGCACAACACGGUGGUCUUCAUCCUGGCGAAAGAGUACAACUUGAAGAACCUGAGGACGAUCCACAGGCUGGACAGACUGACCAGCGGCAUUCUCCUUUUCGGUAGGACGCCGAAGAAGGCGAGACAGAUGGAGCAGCAAAUAAGAAAUCGACAGGUGCACAAGCAGUACGUGUGUCGAGUGGAGGGCGAGUUCCCGGAGGAGGAGGUGGUGUGCUCGGAGCCGAUCGAGGUGGUGUCCUACAAGAUCGGCGUGUGCAAGGUCUCGGAGAAGGGGAAGGACUGCAUCACGCGUUUCAAGCGUCUCAGCUACAACGGCAAGUCGUCGGUGGUGUUGUGCAAGCCUCAGACAGGUCGGAUGCACCAGAUCCGGGUGCACCUGCAGUACCUGGGUUAUCCGGUGGUGAAUGACCCGCUGUACAACCACGUGGUGUUCGGCCCCCAGAAGGGCAAGGGCGGGAACAUCGAGAAGACGGACGAGGAGCUGGUUCGGGACCUGAUCAGCAUCCACAACGCGGAGAACUGGCUGGGGAUGGACGGGGACUCGGAGAUGAGCCUGUUCAAGCCGAAGCUGGACAUGGAGGACCGUGUCUUGGGCAACGAGAAGGACGGCUCGCCGUCCUCCACGCCCGGGCUGGGCGAAGAGGAGCAGCAACAGCAGCAGGAACCCUCGCUGAAGGUGACGGUCGGCACGCAGACCGGGUCCGAGCCUCCGGACUCUAGUUUCGCCAACGACAAGAUGACCGUGGACCCGCACUGCUACGAGUGCAAAGUGAAGUACAGGGACCCGAAGCCCUCCGAUCUGGUUAUGUAUCUCCACGCGUGGCGCUACUGCGGGCCCGGCUGGGAGUACGAGACCCCGUUGCCAGCGUGGGCAGCCAGCGACUGGGCCGAGGAGGACCGAUAGUUACCACGGACUCGCCUAAGGGAACCACCACCUUCGAGCGAACCAGCUGUUGUCAUCACCCUUCGUACCCCUUUUUGAUAUCCUUACCCCGUGCCUUCCAUCCGCCAGCGAGCGAUCUCGACCAUCGUACAUGUACCCACAACCCCUGCGACCGGGUCGCUGGACUCGCGAAUCUCACCUGGACGCUGGACUGCGACGAGGCUCGCUAUCACCUAUUAUUAUCCUAAUCAGAUGUCGUUCACAUAGAUCAUUUGUACCCACUGCGUCGAAUUUCGAUGUGUAAUUACGAAUCUGUAGGCGUUUGUCCGUCAGCCGUCGCGCGAUAUUUUUGUUUUAAUUAUCGGCGAAUCUUUAAACCGAACCCAUAAUCGGUCGCGUGAUGUUUGGCCCUUCUUCGUUGCAGCAGACAACUAAAUUUUUCAUUAAAAAGAAACUGUCUUCCAGAUGGCACGCGACUGGUCAAGGGUUGCGAAUUCGAAAGACCACUUUUAAGCACUUCCUCGAGUAUUUGUUUUCAAUUGUUUUUUAUUUCUUUCUUGUUUUUGGAAAAUUAAAGCUUCGCGGUAAAUGUUAACUCGAACGGAGGAUUUUAGAACGAUUGUACGACAUCUAAUUAGGACAGACUUGUCAGGCUGGUGAAACAGCGUUAUGCGACGAGAUCGGACCAUCGAUUGCGAUGGUACGAUCUUCUGUGGAGGCGGGUCAACCCAGAAGUCACUGCCAUCGAGAGAAGAUUGAUGUUACUGUCCCGAUCGGAUAACCGUGACGUUUUAGUUUCUUGAUUUAUGACGGGCGCGCCAGGGGGUCCUGAGGAUUUCCCGAUGAUCCUGGAAUUGGGUUCUAAUCUGCGAAUCCUCCGCUGCUCCGCGGGAUCUAUUUCCUGGUCCAUCGAGUUCGCGUUGAUUUUUUUUAACUCUUUCGCAUCUCGAAAGCGAAUUUUAACCCAUUCCAUUCUUCCGGUGUCACGGAUAUUAUCCAUGGAUGCGAAAGGGUCGACGAACAGAUUGUUUUGUUGCAGUAUUUUUAGCCUCCUGUUUUCGAUCGUAAAGAUCGACGGAAACUUCUUCGAAUAAAAUUGACAAACGUUUUAAUCAUACAAAGCUUAAUCUACUAGAACAAUUCUUCCGAUCUUUUAACCAACCUAAUAAUUCCCUAGAGUUUUAUGUACCGAACCAGUCGGCGAAAUUGUGCCAGACUUUAGAAAUGUCGAAUGGACGGAGACGUGUCCAGCACAGAGAAAAGUUGUUGAAUAUUUGCGCAGGUUGCACACAAAGCUUGCAGACUGACCCGUCGGGAGGAAAGAUCGCGUCUUUCUCGGUCUGUCCUUGAAGGACCUCAAUCGCGACCAGAGAACGAUUCGAAAGGAGAAUCGUCAAUGACCGGCGUUCAGCGAUGAUCCUCGAGAGCCGCGCAGGCAAAGGGGGCUGAUGUAGGAAACUGCAAUAGAAUCGCGUCUAUUUUUAUGGCUGAUUAUAUAUACAUAUAUAUAACAAUUCUAUAUAUAUAUAUGUAUGUAUCUAUAUACAUAUACAUGAUACUAAAUAGUGGCGCAGGUCCAGCGACAUGGGUCUCCGAAAAAAAAACAAAUGAUUGCGAGCGUGAUCUUGCCAGAGGAUAGCCAACCAGAUCAUGCCAAAGAACGCGAGCAUCCGGCGAGAGAGAGAGAGAGAGAGAGAGAAAGCGUGAGAGAGAAUGAGCGAGAGCGAAAGGGAGAGAAAGAGAGAGAGAGAGAGAGAGAGCUUCAUUUCAAUCAUAUCGUGUACCUUGUUACAACGCGUCCGAUCGAGGACUUGCGACAAGUACAAUCGAACCAUGUGAAAUAACGAAAUAAACGUCGUACAUUAUUUUGCUACGAGUCACGCGCGUCUGCUCUAGCAGGGCUACACGGAGUUAGGGAUCCGCGAGAGGCGACGGGAAUCCGAUCUACUACAGGCUCGCCAAGGUCACCAGAAUCAUCCCCAUCUUGUGGAUUAAUCGUUCGACACAGUGGGAACCGACAAGAUCAUUUUGUUCCGAUCGAGAUAACAGCGAUUGGAAUUCGAGGUCACCUGGGGGUUACAAAAUUUCAUGGUGGACCCUCCGACCCCCUGGUUCCCUAAUUUAAUUUGUCAAUAGACUGCAGAUCUUUGUGCAAGUUACUUUAUAGAAUUCAGACUAAAGAGAAAAUGUUACUUUCGUGCAACAGAACGAUUCGUUGCAACAAACGAAUGCAGAAAAAUCCGCAGUCUAAUCUCUGUCUCCCGAUCAUUUGUGAAUCCAGCGUGUCCCUCUCUGACAAGUGUUUCCUUAAUUUUAAUAAAGAAAUUUGCAGUUUUAUACGCGACUCGGUCAGAUAGGUAACGAAUAAGCGAACAUAGCAAUCGAAGAGCUACAACCGUGCCGGCGUGAAGGGAACAAAAACUAUCCUUUUAUAAGAGAGAGCUUUGUAUACCUAUUCAACGAACCUUUUAACGAGAAUGCAAAUAAAACGAUUCAGUGAACAUUGCCGGAUGAUAUAAGUCCCUCGACGCCACUCGCGGUCCUUCGAGAGCGAGACGCGACCAGAGGCAGCAGCAGAUGGACAGAGAUUUUUAGGUAGAUAGAGGUAGACUCGAAAGAUGAGGGAGAUAACGUAACAAUGGACCUAUCAUAAAAGACAGUGUGUGCGCUUACUAACUCACCCGGGAUAAUCUUGUCGAGAGUUAUUCCGAAUGUAAUGGCUAGCUUAAUUUUAUUUAAGUAAUGUAACUUGACAUUGACAAAAAACUGCGAGUGCGAAAGGGAGAGAGAGAGAGAGAGAGAGAGUGAAAGAGAGAGAAAGCGAGAGAGACAGAGAGCGAGAGAAAACAAAGAUAUAUAUAUACGAUAUAAACAGAGAAAAAAAAUGGAAAAAAUAUAGAAAAGGAACGAUAUCCUUUAAAAAGACAGUCCCGAUUAGAGCGACUACUGGAGAACGCGAGAGCGAGAGAAUUCGUCGGUCUGUAAAUCGAGCGAGCGCUUUUGUAUGUAUAUACAUAUAUAUAUUUGUAUUGUAUACGAUAUAUAUAUAUUGUAUACGCACAUUGUACCGUAUCCGAGCGACAUUAUUAUCUGUACCGUAGUCAGCGGAACGUUAGAGCUAGAGAAUUUUUUCUUGUAUAAUGGACGAAUAAACGCAAAGUAUCGUUCGGUACUUACCUUGCCCCAUA